AUGACGGCUGUCACUGUAUCCUACCACGACCUACAACAGGGAGUACCCCAACAAACACUCGCCGACGCGUUUGGCCCGGACUCGCUCGGGAUCAUCAUCAUCAACGACUUGCCCCCCGAGUUCGUGCGCCUCCGCCAGCGGGUGCUCCGGCUGGCGCUGGCGCUUGCCCACUUGCCUCAGGAUGAAUUGGCCAAGCUCGAAGUGGAAAAGAGCACCUGGCUUGUGGGCUGGCUGUGUGGCAAAGAGAUGUUGGCGCCGGGGAAGCCCGACACACACAAGGGGCUGUGGUACGUGAACACCGCCUUCCACCACGACCCUAGCCAGGAAGCGCCCAACUUGGGGCCCGAGUUCGAUGAUAAGUACCCCACCUACACCACCGCCAACGUGUGGCCCCACCCGGGCCUCCCCGGGAUGGCCUCGUUCGAGCCCGACUUGAAAGCGCUCGUCAACAUCAUCAUCGACACCGCGGAGUUAGUCGCGCGCAACUGCGACCGCUACUGUCAACAGGAAUUAACCGACUAUCCCCAAGGGUACUUGGAGCGAGUGGUGCGGGAACUGAGCUGCUCCAAAGCCCGGUUGCUCCACUACUUCCCGAUGGAGGCUAACGCCAACCCGGACGACUGGUGCACCGAGCACUUGGACCACUCGUGCCUCACGGGGUUGACGCUGGCGAUGUUUAUCGACGAAAACGACAACGACGCCGAGCUCGCCAAGUGUCCCGAUCCUGACGCCGGGCUCUACAUCCGCGACCGCCACGGUAACCCCGUCAAAGUGUCGAUCCCGCCCCACAGUCUCGCGUUCCAGACGGGGCUGACUCUCCAGGAAGUGUCGCACGGCCAGUUCCAGGCGGUGUACCAUAAGGUGCGCGGGGCCGCCGUCCCGGGGGUGGCGAGAAACACGUUGGCGGUGUUCUGCCAGCCCAACUUGAACGAGCCGGUGAACCUGAAGGAAAACUUUGCCGAAUACGCCCUGCGGGUGAUCGAUGGCUUCCAUUAG